CGUCCCGAUGCUCCGGUGUCCGAACAGGUUCUUCAACCGGCCUCCGAGCUCGUCUGAAGCCUCCGACAGCGGACCAGGUGAGAUGGGGAACGGGUCGGUGAAGUCAAAGCGUUACAAACACACCGAGGCUCCGGCUUCUAAUGGCCAGGUCCAUAAAGAUCACCGAGGUGGGUUCAAAAAGUCGUCCGUGGACUCCCUGAGGGCCCGAGUGGAGGAGCUGGAGGCGGAGGUGAAGAGGAAGGAUGAGGAGCUCAGUGCCAAAGAGCAGCGGAUCAGAGGUCUCCAGGAGCACGUGGCCUCACAGACGCGGGUUCUGUCCGAGCUGAGCGAGGAGCUGCAGAACAAGUGCAUCCAGCUGAACAAGCUGCAAGACGUGGUGAAGAGCGCGGCGCCGGCAGGGCUCACUUCACGGCCCCCUUCCAUCAAGGCCAGCAGCAGGAGCAGCCCCAACCUCAGCGUUCGCAUCAAGGAAAACCUAAACCGAAGGAGAGGCGCCAAAGCCGGGGUAUCUGCCGAACCCACGUCCAGCAGCCUCCCUAAGUUCUCCUUUGAGAACGCUCGGGUACCAAAGGAUGCAAGCGUAAAGAAGCUCCUGACGGACGCUCUGAACAAGAAUCAGUACCUGAAGAGGCUGGAGCAACAGCAGAUCAAAGACAUGGUAGAGUGCAUGUACGAGCGCACCUAUCAGCAGGGCGAGUACGUCAUUCAGCAGGGAGAGCCGGGGAACCAUCUGUUUGUCCUGGCAGACGGGAAGCUGGACGUGUUUCAACAAAACAAGCUGCUCACAUCGAUAGCGGUGUGGACCACGUUUGGGGAAUUAGCCAUCCUGUACAACUGCACACGGACAGCAUCGGUGCGAGCUGUGAACAAAGUGAGAACAUGGGCCUUGGACCGAGAGGUGUUCCAGAACAUCAUGAGGAGGACGGCUGAGACGCGACACGAGCAGUACCGCAACUUCCUCCGAAGUGUUUCUCUCUUGGCGAAUCUACCCGAGGACAAGCUAAGCAAAAUAGUGGACUGCCUGGAGGUGGAAUACUAUGACAAAGGAGACUACGUCAUCCGGCAGGGAGAGGAGGGCAGUACCUUCUACAUCAUUGCACAGGGGAAGGUGAACGUGACCCAAACCACCGAGGCCCACAAGAUGCCGCAGAUCAUCAACACACUGCAGAAGGGAGACUACUUUGGAGAGAAAGCACUCAUAAGUGACGAUGUCAGGUCAGCCAAUAUCGUCGCUGAUGACAACGGAGUGGAGUGUCUUGUCAUCGACAGAGAGACGUUCGAUCAGACGGUGGGCAACUUCAACGAGCUGCAGAAGCACCUCCAAGGCUACGUGGCUACACUUGAUCGUGAUGACAAGAAGAGACAUACCAAGAAGUCGCUCUCUCGGCACCAGAGCCAGCCGCUGUCUCCCUGUUUCAUCCAGCUGAAGGACAUGGUGUCGGGGUUCUCUUCAUCCAAGCCCUUCGAUCACCUGGAAGUCAUCGCUACACUCGGUGUUGGCGGCUUUGGACGUGUUGAACUGGUGAAGGUGAAGGGCGAAGACAUCAGCUUUGCUCUGAAGAUCAUCAAGAAGAAGCACGUUGUGGAAAACAGGCAGGAAGAGCACAUCCACUCUGAGAGGAGGAUCCUCGCUGAGGCUCGCUCGCCUUUUGUUGUCAAAUUGUACGGCACCUUCAAGGAUAAUAAAUAUGUGUACAUGCUGCUGGAGGCGUGUUUGGGAGGAGAGAUCUGGAGUCUGCUCAGAGACCGGGGAAGCUUCGACGAGCCCACCGCCAAGUUCUGCAUCGGCUGCGUUACUGAAGCCUUCGAGUAUCUCCACCGUAAAGGUGUCCUCUACAGAGACCUGAAGCCCGAGAAUCUGAUGCUCGACACCGACGGGUACAUCAAACUGGUUGACUUUGGAUUUGCCAAAAAGAUCCGAUCGGGCCAGAAGACUUGGACCUUCUGUGGCACACCGGAGUACGUAGCGCCCGAGAUCAUCCUCAACAAAGGCCACAACUUCAGUGUGGACUUCUGGGCUCUGGGGAUCCUGGUGUUUGAGCUUCUUACGGGCAGUCCUCCGUUCUCAGGAAGUGACCAAAUGAUGACCUACACUUUCAUCCUGAAAGGCAUUGAAAAGAUGGACUUCCCCAAGAAGAUCAGCAAAAGACCAGAGGACCUGAUACGCAAACUGUGCAGGAGGAACCCUGCAGAGCGACUGGGCAACCUGAAAAAUGGACUAACUGAUAUUAAGAAGCACAGGUGGUUUAAUGGCUUCAACUGGGAGGGGCUGAAAGCGAAGACGUUACAAUCUCCACUGAAAAGAGAGCUCACUGGACCGACAGACUACAGUUACUUUGACAACUACCCUCCAGAUGAAGACAAUCCUCCUGAUGAGCUGUCUGGUUGGGAUAUGGACUUCUGA